CCUCCUCCUUCUAUCUCCUCCUUCUUCCUUCUCUUAGAUCAGUACAAGCAUCUUUAGUCAUGGUGAACAAUCUUAUACUAAAACCCAUUAAUUUAGUCUUAUUAACCAUACUGCCAUUCCUCCUUCAAAGCCCCGUUACAGCCCAGGAAGUAUUACUAGCGUACUGCGAAUCUGGACGCAAUUACACUUCCGGUAGCAGGUUCGAGACCAAUCUCAACCUCCUCCUCUCUUCUCUAACCACCAACGGCUCCAUCAACGAUUUCUACAACACCACCUCCGGUGUAAGUCCUGACAUGGUAUAUGGCCUAGCGCAGUGCAGAGAUGAUUUCACUACUGAAGCAUGCAGGAACUGCCUCAACAUUUCAGCAGUGCGUAUCAUCCAGAGAUGUCCGAACCAAAAGGACGCAACCAUCCGGCGCGUCGACUGUGUUUUACGAUACUCAGACCAACGGUUCUUCUCCCAACUUAAUCUGGAUGACAGCACCUGGGACUACUCUUGGAGUGGUGACAACGUAUCUAACCCAGUUUACUUUAAUCAACAGCUACUAUCGCUGAUGAUUAAUCUAUCGUCUUCCGCUUCUUCCCUGUCGUCCAAGUUUGCGACAGGGGCGGCCCGUCUUAAUAACUUUGAAAACAUAUAUGGUAUGGUGCAGUGCACUAGAGAUUUAUCAGAGACUGAUUGUUAUUCGUGUUUAAGAUCAAUGAUCGGACGGAUUCCGAGCUGUUGUGAUUCGAAAGAAGGUGCCCGGCUUGCUACUUUAAGUUGUUUUAUAAGGCACUCAAUAAAUCUCUUCUUUCAAGCAUCGCCGCCGCUGCCGCCUUCUACAGAUGUGAAUAAUACGACAGGAGAUGGAAAGAAGAAUACAACGAAAUUGGUUAUUAUAAUCGUCGUCCUUGUGGUUGUUACAUUAGUUCUACUCGGCAUCCUAUGCACUUUUAUGUACAGAAGGAGGAAAAUGGGAAGAAAAAUUGGUGUAAAUGGUGGAGAGAUAAGGAGCUUGGAAACACUACUAUUUGAUUUAGAGACACUCAAAGAUGCCACAGAUGACUUCUCUGAUGCAAAUAAGCUCGGUGAAGGUGGCUUCGGUCCUGUUUACAAGGGGAAGCUAAUGGAUGGUCAGGAAAUAGCAGUGAAAAGGCUGGCGAGAACGUCGGUGCAAGGAGUUGAAGAGCUUAAAAAUGAAGUGGUGUUGGUUGCUAAACUUCAGCACAGGAACCUUGUAAGGUUGCUGGGCUGUUGCUUGGAAGGAGAAGAGAAGAUGCUUGUCUACGAAUACGUUCACAACACCAGCCUCGACUCUUUUCUAUUUGAUCCAAUCAAAUGCCUAGAACUUAAUUGGGAAAGACGAAACAAGAUCAUCGUAGGGAUCGCUCGAGGUCUUGUUUAUCUCCACGAAGAUUCUCAGAUUAAGAUCAUUCAUCGUGAUUUAAAAGCCAGCAAUAUCUUGUUAGACAAAUAUAUGAAUCCUAAAAUUUCAGAUUUCGGUUUGGCACGCCUAUUUGGUGGAGACCAAACUCAUGGAAAUACAAGUCGGAUUGCUGGCACAUACGGAUAUAUGGCACCCGAGUACAUCAUUCAUGGCCAGUUUUCAGCGAAAACGGAUGCAUAUAGCUUUGGCAUUUUAGUUUUAGAGCUUGUGACAGGACGGAAGACAAUUGGUUUUCGCGAAUCCGAAAGUGAUAUGGACCUUACAAACUAUACAUGGCGGCUUUGGAGCCAAGGAAAGCCGUUGGAGCUGAUCGAUGAAAAUCUAGGAGGAAAUUACGAGCCAGCUGAGGUGCUGAGGUGCAUUCACAUUGGAUUGUUAUGUGUGCAGCAAGAAGCAACAGCGCGGCCCACCAUGUCAUCAGUUCUUCUCAUGCUCGACGCCUACUCUGUCACCCUCCCUGCUCCUUUGCGACCUGCCUUCUUCAUUGGAGAGACAAAUAUGGAGUUUGAUUUAUCCCCAACGGAUUCAAAUUUUCAUGAAAGUGAGACGGAUAAAUCUGUAAGUUCACUUCUGCCACUUUCUAGGAAUGAGGCAUCGAUUACCGAAUUACACCCUCGAUAGGUCUAAAGAGUGUUUGUUUGAGAGAGGUUUAUAAAUCAGAUAAUAGUUCUUUGAACUGUUUCCGUAGUUUUCCGGCUCAUUCAACUGUUAUUUAUAAUUCUCUUAUAAAACCGGUGCUGCAUUUGGUAUUCCUCAUGUAGCAUUACUGAAAUGAGAUGUUUAUGGUGAUAUUGAUUGUGAAAUAGACAUUUUCUAUAUAGCA